GAAGCGAAGUUAUGAUCAUAAUCGAAAAUAUCCCUUUGAUUCCCUGUGGUAGAAUUGUGCUGACUAACUUCCGGUUUCAUGUACUAAUCCCAUUCGAUCCUCGGGUGGUCACGUGAUACCCGAAGGGUAUAUAAGCUGAGAAAAACAGUAGAAUCAGGGAGUCUGAGUUCGACGGCCAGAGAUCAACACAUCGAAGCCAGGGAAGAAAUUAAGCCACGACAGAUUGUGUUCAACAUAUAACAACGUCAGUAGAGCUGACACCAAUAAGAAAUUACUUCAGCGAGUUAAAUUUAGUUCAUCACAGCAAGCGAGUGUUCAAAUUAAAGUUAAAUUUCCCCAAAUUUAUAGUGAAUUCAGAUCACGUUAUUAAGGACAAAAAGCAAGACGUGACAAUUGGUGGGAAUCCAAAGGAUCCUUUAUGUCAAGGUACUUUUUGCGUUCUAAAGGAAGUGAUAGUUUAGACAUCUUACUAUCAUUUGUAUUGAAUAUGCCUCAUACCGGAACUCCGUCAAAUAGCAAUCAGGAGGACACAUCAUCACCCCCAAGCAUAAGACAAGAACUACUUCAGCAAAAAGAAGAGGAAAUCAUAGCAUUGCGAGCGAGGAUAGAGCAGGAAAGGACACGACAAGUGGACCAGGAGGACGAAAUGCAAGGACUCCGAGAAAGAAUAAGGAACAUGGAGAGAGAGCAACAAGUUCAGCAAGAUGUACAUGUUCAGCCAUUGACAACACCGCCCCCAUGUCCUACAACACGCCACCAUCAAACACUCCGGACCGGUUAAGUGUGCGACUCGAGAAGUUCGAUGGGAAGACCUCUGCGGUACAAUGGUGGGUUAAAUUUAUGGCUCUUGUUAACCUCCAAGGACUGAUGGAGCAGAAAGCCAUCCUAUACCUCCCCUUUUUCUUCCUUGGAACUGCGGAAACAUGGUUCAACGCACUAGAUACCAUGGUGAAAUCAUCAUUAACAGCCAUACACACAGCCUUCAUUAACCGAUUCAAACCUGUGUCACAUCAUGCGUUCGAUCUUUUGAAAUUCAUACAAGGAGAAAACGAAUCUGUGGAAGAGUUCAUCCAACGUGUAUCGGAAAAAGCAACAGAUUUGAAAGUUGAUUCACAAAAAUUAAUGGGAAGACUCAUGGGCGGAUUCAAGCAAAACAUCCGGAAAGAUCUUAUUCGCCACAACCCAACAACAAUGGAGGACCUCCGUACUCAGGCUCUGUUAGCAGAGCUUGCACAGAGUCUGGAACCGGACACCAAUGCCAUCCAGAGUGCCACCAACGCAUCGCUGUGCACGGCAGUAAAGUCCCUUGAAGAUAGGAUACAGAAUAUGGAAACAACCAAUAUGAACAUGGUGAAUAUGGUGAACAGUCAAAGUUUCCAUAACAACAGACCUAGGCCCAAUCAGAGACAAUACCGUCAAAACCCUAGGUACCAGCAGCCGCAGCCACCUCAGUAUCAGGCACAGUUUCCACCUACGCAAUAUCAGCCGAUGACCCAGUAUCACCAACCCGCCCCGUUUCAAGCGAUGCAGUCGAAUCAGCCACAGCAGCCGGCCCAGUACCAGCAGAUGCCCCGACCCAUACCCAAUGGUCAGCAGCAGACGCGGCAGUCCUCGGGCAAAUGUCAAAGAUGUGGUGAGUCUUGUGAUUCUUUUUACAAUUGUAGAGCCAGAAACCAAAUUUGUUUAAAUUGUAACAGACCAAACCACUUAUGGAUGUGCUGUCGUAGGUUAACUAAUGAUUUGAAAACGGGUAAAGUCACUCAGACUGAUAUUCAAAAUUGGUUAAAGCAAACAAAUUCAGCAUAGGAAAUCGCGCCUCUCUUUAGAUCGCCUAAAGAUGGGCACAAUUACAAAUGUCCUGAAAUCAAUCUGGUUGCCCACAUGUCAAAAAAUACAAUUCUGGUUAAUGUUUUGGGUCAAAAGACUAGUUCUCUUGUAGAUUCUGGUGCUGCAGUAACUAUCAUUAGCAAACAAUUCUUUGAGAAACUGCAUUCAAUGGCUCAAAAUUGCAAACGCCAAAUUUCCCAAAUGUAGUAGGUGCUAGUGGUAGAAGAUUAGAAGUUCUUGGCAAAUUAGACUUAGAAUUUACAAUCAAUGGUGCUCAAUACUCAUUCUGUGUGCAUGUUGUAGAUGGUUUACAUCACUCAUUCAUAUUAGGUGU